AAACAAUGAAUCAAUAAUUUAUAUAGAGUACUCCCUCCGUCCCGUAUUACUGGUCUUAGAUUUAUCUAGAUAUGGAUGAUUAGAGUAGAUUUGGGACGGAGGUAAUAGUAUUUAUUAGAGUAGAUUAGCCUAGUUAUCCUUAGAUGACCCUAGAAUGUUCCACUUGCAUUCUUCCACAAGCUCCUCUUCCCUGUGUAGCCCCGACAUAUUGUUUGGUCAUCUCCCGAUGGGACAACCAUGCCUCUCCAUGCCCUAUAUCAACUGUGCAGCCACCUCGGCCUUCGAUAACCUAGAUUCUCUUCACCCAAUGCUCUCUUUUCUCUAGAUAUUGACAAGGCAUAGACAGAAAAAUAACUUUUCAUUGGGAGAUGAAAUAAGCCUAUAUUCGUGAGAAAAAAUGGUAUAAAUACUCUUCAAAUGGAGGAGUUCUUGAUAGCCUCAACUUGCUUGUUAUUUGGUUUUGCAGGUGACUGGUAUGUCAAAAGUGGAGUUGAAGAAGAGCCUGGAGAAGAUAGAAAGUGCUAUAAAUGAUGCAUGUGAAAUUUUGAAACAGUUGAACUUGCCAUGUGUAAGUAAUGAUAAGGGGAGACCAGCUGUUCCUACCAAUGCACGUAGUGCAGGCAUCAGUCCUCCAGUACGUGUAAUUGGUCGAGAUAAGGAUCUUCACAAGAUCAUAGCAAUGCUUCAUGAGAAGGAAGACCAGUGCCAAGCAGACACUGUCAGCGAUACAUGUUAUUCUGUGAUUGGCAUUCAUGGCAUCGCCGGGUCUGGCAAAUCAACACUUGCACGUUGUGUUUAUGAUCAGGAGAAAAAGCAGAAGCAAGAGAAUAUGGAUGGUCAUUUCGAGAUUGUCAUGUGGGUUCAUGUUUCUCAGAAAUUUGAGUUGGAUUCCAUUUUCAGGGACAUGUUUGAGGGGGCUACACGGGAAGUCUGCCUGGAUUUUAAUAGUCUUCAUGCCUUAAAAGAAAAUCUAGAGGAAAAACUGUGUGGAAAACGGAUUUUGUUGAUACUGGAUGAUGUCUGGUACAACAGUAGGAAUUCGGAAGACCAUGAAGAACUACAAAAGUUAAUUUCUCCGCUGAAUGUUGGGAAGGCAGGAAGCAGAAUCUUGGUGACUAGUCGAACUGAAGAUGCAUUAUUAGCUCUGGGUGCUGCUCAAGAGAGAUGUAUUCCAAUAUCUGACCUGGAUGAUGAAGUGUUCCUCGAAAUGUUCAUGUAUUAUGCACUUGGAGAUGCAAGGGUAGGUGGCCAUGAUCGAAGAGAACUUGAAACGAUUGGAGAGGACAUUGCAAAAAAGCUUAAGAGAUCACCUCUAGCAGCCAGAACAGUAGGUGCACGGCUGCGUAAAAACCUGAAAGUCGAGAUUUGGAUGAGGGAGAAGGAUAGGGACCUUAUGAAAGAGACAAUGGGAGCUCUAUGGUGGAGCUACCAGUAUCUUGAUGAGCAGGUCAGGCGAUGCUUCGCUUACUGCAGUAUUUUUCCAAGACGGCAUCAGUUGACACGUGAUGAGUUAGUUAAGUUGUGGGUGGCAGAAGGGUUUAUAAAGACUAGUAAAGCUGAAGAGGAAAUGGAAGAUGUUGCUCGGGAUUACUUUGAUGAAUUGGUGUCGGCCUCAUUUCUGCAACUAGGAGGGAAACAAGAAAAUAUUCUUGGACCUGAUGGUGUGGUUGAUUACUUUACUAUUCAUGAUCUGCUCUGUGAUUUAGCGGAGGACGUUUCUGGAAGAGAUUGCUUCAGGAUUGAGAAAGGCUUCACAGGAGAAGUUCCUCAAGAUGUUCGCUACCUUUUUGUCGGGAGUUAUGAUAUAGAGAUGCUUACUGAGAAGAUGUCUGGAUUGAAACAUUUAUGCACUCUCAUCAUCAAUGACAUCAUAUGGCUUAAAUCAGAUGAGUCUGAAUUCUUAGCGAGUAUGUUCACUAUGUUGACAGGGCUGCGGAAAUUGCGGGUACUGAAUAUGAGAGUAGCACGUGAGAGGAGUGGAUUUGGUUUUUCAUUCUCAUUCCCAGAUUCUAUUGGUCAGUUGAAGCAUCUGCGUUAUUUUGGUUUCAUGGUUCCAGUACUUCACAAGCUAACUUUACCAGGUGCUUUUACCAAGCUUUACCACAUGCAGGUGGUAGAUUUUGGUCAUUGCAAAUUUUUGGCUUUUUCUAGAGGUGAAGAUAUGAUGAACCUUGUCAACCUGCGCCGUGUAAUCAGCAAGGCAGAUCUUGAUUUUCCGAACGUUGGCAGGCUGACAUGGCUCCAAAUGUUACCAUUCUUCACAAUAAGUAAGAAGCAGGGGUACGAGUCUCACCAGCUGAAAUACCUAAACAAGCUUCAAGGCAAGCUGCAGAUCCACGGUCUUGAGAAUGUUGAGAGCAAGGAGGAGGCUGUUGAAGUAAGUCUUGCUGGCAAGGAAAAACUCACAGAACUGGUACUGGUCUGGGAUGAUAAGAACUGCAGUCCAGAAGUUCAAGCAGAGGUGCUUGAGGGUCUUUGUCCAUCAAAGUAUCUUGAAAGAUUAGAAAUCAGGGGUUACCGUGGUAAGAGGAUACCGAGUUGGAUGAUGGGUACGCAUAACGGCAGCCCGAAGAACCUGCAAGACCUUCACUUCAUCAGAUGCAGCUUGGAUGACUUACCAGGUAAUACGGAGCACCUCACAUCACUCAAGAAUGUGAUCCGGUAUAACUACAGCCAAUCCAAAUUGGCAAAAGAUUGAGCACAUUCCAAGGAAAACAAUUCAAGGUUCUUGUAAAAGGUCCAUAUGGAAGAUAAAGUUGCUGCUAUGUCUGCCAGCUUCGGUGAUGAAGACUGAAUUUAGUCGUUUACUAGGGUGGUAUGUAAUAAUGCAGAAUGAUGAACGCUGGUUUUAAGAACACUAUGGAAUGCAUGAUGAACCCCAAACUGUA